CGGCCAGCGCAUGCGCUGCAGAGAGUGCGCUUGGCGGGGGAGUCUGUGAAGGAGCUCCGCCCUCCUGAGGCACGGCGGCAGCUCUGCUGGCUCCCUGUUGGUUCUGACCCCCCCCCGGACCCCUCCACCCAGUCAGCAGGUGGGGGGCAUCGCGGCCGCAGCGACAGGAAGUGAAAGCGGACAGAUGCUGGUGAAUGCCCCAUGGCCGCGACUACAACAGUUCAUUCGUCCACUACCCACCAUAACUUGGAAGCUUUCUUUAGACUUUGCAGGUCAGUUUGUCUUUGGUCGAUGACUUCACAGGUCAAUUCAUCUUCUGGGACCCCUCCCUGCCUUCUGGUUAAGGAAUCCUUUCAUACAUGCAGGAUGACUCAGCAAUGGGAUGGAUGUUCAAAUACCUGAAAGGUGCUGAUGUUAGACAGGAACUUCCACAUUCUUUGGAGAGAUCUAUUGUACUUGAAAACAUACAGAAAGCUUUGUACCUUCAUUACGUCACACCACUCUAGUAACUGAAAUUGUUUGCUCUCAAAAUGAAGAGAAUCAGGCGGACUGUUAAAACUGAGAAUCCAAUUCUCCAAGCACCACAAAGAUCAAAAAAACAGAAAACUUUUUUCUAUGGAUCAGCAUUUGGCAAGUCUCACCUGCAAACCUUGAUGGACUGGGGAACGCUGCCACUCCAUGUAGUUUUACAUAUUUUUCAGUUCCUGCCUUUAGUAGAUCGAGCACGGGCAUCUUCUGUUUGCCGAAGGUGGAAUGAAGUUUUUCAUAUUCCUGACCUGUGGAGGAAGUUUGAAUUUGAGCUUAACCAACCAGCUACUUCUUAUUUAAAGUCUACUCACCCUGAUCUCAUUCAGCAAAUUAUCAAGAGACAUGCUGAUGAUCUGCAGUAUGUCAGCUUCAAGGUUGAUAGUAGUACUGAGUCUGCAGAAGCUGCCUGUGACAUCCUUUCUCAAUUGGUGAAUUGUUCUAUCAAGACAUUAGGUUUGAUUUCAACAGCAAAACCAAGUUUUAUGAAUGUCUCCAAGGCUCAUUUUGCAUCAGCACUGACAGUAGUUUUUGUAAACUCCAAGUCAUUAUCAUCCAUCAAAAUUGAUGACACACCAGUUGAUGAUCCAUCUUUGAAGGUUCUUGUUGCUAACAAUAGCGAUACUCUAAAACUGCUAAAAAUGAGCAGCUGUCCUCAUGUGUCACCUGCUGGAAUUCUUUGUGUUGCUGACCAGUGUCAUGGCCUUAGGGAACUGGCUUUGAAUUAUUACAUACUAAGUGAUGAACUGCUGCUGGCUCUUUCAAGUGAGAAACAUGUUAACCUUGAACAUCUUCGCAUAGAUGUUGUGAGUGAAAAUCCUGGACAAAUUGAAUUUCAUACUAUUAAAAAGCAAAGUUGGGAUGCACUUGUUAAGCACUCCCCCAAAGUCAAUAUUGUGAUGUACUUCUUUUUAUAUGAAGAGGAAUUUGAUGCAUUUUUCAGAGAAGAAACUCCUGUUACGCACCUUUACUUUGGUCGUGCAGUAAGCAAAGCCAUGUUAGGUCGUAUUGGAAUGAACUGCCCCAGGUUGGUUGAAUUGGUGGUGUGUGCUAAUGGACUUCAGCCACUGGAUGAUGAACUCAUUUGCAUUGCUGAACGCUGUAAGAACCUAACGGCGAUGGGCCUUGGUGAAUGUGAGGUUACCUGCAGAGGUUUUAUUGAGUUUGUAAAGAUGUGUGGAGGGAGGCUCACCCAGCUUUCUAUUAUGGAGGAGGUACUAAUUCCAGAUAAUGAUUACAACCUGGAUCAAAUUCAUUCAGAAGUCUCCAAACACCUUGGAAGAAUGUGGUUCCCUGAUAUGAUGCCUACCUGGUAAACCUAGCUAUAGAAAGUAUUACUAUAUGGUCAAAACUGGUUAGAUCAAGAUGUUGCUUGCUAUGCAAAUAAGAAAUUAUAAAAUAAAGCAUCGAAACUUAAUUUUAAAUUUCUCAAGUUUAAUAAACUGCAUAUAGGCUAAAGCGAAGUGCUUGAGUGACGAUGUUAGAUUAAAUUAGAAAGUAGAAUCUCAUAUACUUAACAAUAGAUACAUUGAAAGGAUGUCUGGGUUAGAGAUGUUUCAUCCUCCAAUUAAAUUAAGCACAUUCAUUUGGCCUCUGUUAAAUUAAAUUGUUCCAUUAAACACAGUUAGUACAAAGUUUUUAAGGUGUUCUAUGAUGUUAGUCUUUCUGAUGUGGUUAAAGGGAGUCUGAAGCUAGAUUGCUUGAUAGGGAGUUAAAUGGAACUUUCAGGUAAACUAUUACUUGCAGUGUUUAUCCACUUGUUCACUAAUAAUUUUUUGUUGAACAUGUAGAACAAAUACUUGGUAUCAUAAUAGCAAUCUGAAAUAGUGUAGCUAAUUAAAUCUGUUUUUAAUGUGCUUGUAUACAUGUGUUUGAAUAUUGUGGCAUACGUCCUUAAUUUGCCACAAUAAAGAAAAAGCUUUUGAUUUUAACUUGCUCUCUGUACUCAAUUUUCACUUUAUCAGUAAGUUGUACCAUAAAGAUAAUGUAUAAUUCAUUGUUUCUCUUCCUAUGUACUGACUUACCUGUACAGGAAAAAAACAAACCUUGUUAAAAUUGAUGUACCUAAUAAUUCAUGGUGUUUCAGUUGUUGGCUAAGCAGUGAAGCACUUUGGUAACUGUAUGUAGGAAAUAGUAGCGCUUUCAUUUGAGAAGGUGUAUGCUUUUAUCUUUAAGACCAGUUUUUUUAAUCUUAAACACUAAACUGUCAGGAUUCUGGCCCAUGCUCCCUUCACAAACGAUCUAUUAAGAUGUCCCAAAAGGGUCACAGUUGUAUUCCUCUUCCUGGUGUAGGGAUGGCUAUGAUAUCUCAGCGACACUAGCACAGAAGUAUGCUGGUAGGGCAGAGGGUGUGAUUGGGGUGUACCACCUGGAUCCAGUUAUUUUCCCCACCUGACAUAAAAUUAAAAGCUUAGAGCAACCCAAGGCUUUCCUAAUGCCCCAUUAAACCCUGGGAAUUGGGGAGCCUCAGCUGUGCCUCACAGAACUCUGCCCUAACCACUAAAUCCUCCUAUAGUGAGUGUCCGGGGAUGAUCCUGUUUUCAUUAAGUAAGCAAGACUUGCAACCUAAAUGAGUGUCCUGCCUGUGUAAGGACUGUAGGAUUGACUUAUUGCAUAUCCGCACUAAAGAAUCCUGUGCUGAAGGCAAUCUUUCUUUUACUUGAAAUGGGGUAAAGGUCAUUAGUACGAAGUAGAACAUGUGUGUUUGUUUUUUGUGAUCCACUUUUAUACACUAAUGUAAAUUGUGGUGGAUUGUACCAUAGUUUGUCUAUCUACCUGCUUGUAGCAGCAAAUCAGAGAUGUGUGCAUUUGGUUGAUCUGUAUUAGGUUUGUCACAUCAAAGUAAAAUCCAAGUAGAGUCGCUUCUUUCGUUAAUCUAAUUUCUCUGCUGUACAAAUAAUUUUGGGUUAGGUGUUGGCUAUCUCCACCAUUCCCUCAAACAAAAUGGUUUGAAAAGUUAUACACAACAUAAAAUAAGAGAUAAUUUGGGUAAAACACACUGAAUGUAUUUGAAUUGAUCAAUAGUGAGUUUUUAAAAACUACACAAGACAAAUAUUGUAGAAGAGACUGUGUAAUAUCACUUGUUAACCAAGCGGUUCAUAAGUGGUAAAUUUAUAUAAUCUAAAUUAGUUCCAAAUAUUAUUUUGAUGAGUAUUUUUGUAAUUUUAGUUUAAACUGUAAAUUUAAUAAACUGAUCUAACCUGCCCACUGAUUUUGAAAAAUUUUAUAUUGGUUUUAAUGAAAGUAGUUAAAGGGCAACAUUUUAGAAUAAGUGACAGGUGAAGGUAAACAUACAUAGGAGUACAAAUGGAAGGGAAUCCGAUUGUUUGUUUUUUUUAAUUGGGGGGCGGGAGGUUAAUAGUAGGGGAAGACUGUUUCUUUGUUAGUUGAUAUAACUGCAUUAUUAUCUCAAAUGUCAGCCUGGAUACAUUCUCAUCAUUAAAAUUAACGACUUUAUUUUCCUCAUCUGUCAUAGCUCGGGGACUGGAAAGAGCUGACUUUCUCUCACUGUGGGGUUUUAGUCACCCUGUGCUUCCUCCUUUACUUACAGUACAGCAUGUAUAUUAAAAUGGAACUUGCUCAAAAUUGAACCUUUGUUAACAAUGUUAUUUUAUGCAGCAUAGAAACACUUAUGAUAGCAGUAAAAAUUAAUGCAAGUGUCUUAGUUACUUGUAUAUUUAUAAGUAUUUUCAUAACCCUCCUCUACUACCCCUCCACUAAAAAAGUAACUAAAAUACCUCAAGCCUUUGCUUUUCCCUAAAACUAAACAUGAAACCUUGUUUCAACUAUAGGCUGCUCUAAUAAAGGAUUUGUAAUUAUU